GGUUCUGCUAGUAUACACACCGCUAUAUGAAGGUAAUUUUGUUUCUGUGUCUUUUGGUUCUUUUGUUAUCUCAACUGGUGAUAGCACGUAAUGUUCAGACGGGUUUUUUCGCUGAACUUGUUGAAAGGUUUCCAAGGCUUAUGGAACUCCCCGAAGAUCCAUACUUUCCAGAUAGAUAUUGUCUGGCUCAUGGCGUUGGAUGUAGCCCAAAUGCCGAAGUAAGAAGCUUCAUCAUCCACAAUAUUGAUUUAGAUGGAGAACUUCCGUAUAGUAUUAAUAGAUUGUACUUGGCUGAGAAAAUAGUUAUUAGCGGUUGUCUUAUAAGCGCCGACUUAGAGGCAUUUUCUUCUAUGCGAUCUCUGAAGUAUUUGAAUCUUUCAAAUAAUAAGAUAACUGGACAAAUUCCAGUUUUCAAUCAACAGCUGUUGGUAUUAGACCUUUCUGGGAACAACCUCUCUACGCUCCCACCAGCUUUUCCAUUUACGCUGACACAGUUGAAACUUCAGAAUAACAGAUUAGAGGGAACACUUAAGCGUUAUGAAAAAGUUAACUUCUCGAAUCUGACACAUUUUAUACUUUCGAACAAUAUGCUUACUGGAGAAUUGCCCUCAUGUUUCGGCUCAUUUAAAAAACUACAAGAAUUUAGGGAUUGGCUGGUGCUUGUAAAGUUCAUUAAUUUGAGUAUCGCUAACUCUAUACACACUAUACAAAGUGAUAUUUCAAAUAAUAAUUUUUCUGGAGAAUUCCCAGGCACUGUUCUAUGGCUUCCCGUUAUUCGAAUUAUGUACGAGAUUAUAAGCUUGGCCUCAAGACAUGGAUUUUUGAGAGCGAAUUCACCUAAUUCAGAGCUUUCAAUGUAG